UCAGUCAGGGGGUAGAGUCUAUGUGGUGAGGAGUGGAACCGUUGUUCGGUUGUGCGCCAGACACCAUGGUUGACACCCGUAGUGGGAAGCGUACUGCCCCCUAUACCCAAACUCAAGAGGAGCAAGCCGCCGCUGCACUGAGAGAGAGAAGGGAGAAGAAGGAGCUCCUCAAGCAAGCGAAGUUGAGGGCGAUAGCGGAGGAGCAAGCGGCGAAGAAGAAGAAGUUGGAAGAGGAGACGGUGAGGUUACAAAAGGAGGAGAUGUUGAAGCUACAGCAGGAGGAGGAAGAGAAGAGGAAGGCUGCCGAAGAAGCAGCGGUAGAAGAGGAAGACGUAGAAGAUGAGCCCAUUGAAAGGAGACGCAGGGAAGGACGAGGGGAAAGCAGUGGCACGAAGGAGGAGGACAAAUGGAUGGAGAAAAAGAUUAGCGAGUGGGUAGCUAAUUUAUCCAUGGGAGAGGAUGAGGAGGCACUAUUGUACGUGCCGCAGGAGGAGAGAGAAGUGCCCCUGGAACGCCAAGCGGCAGAAGAUGAAAAAAAGUUGGAGUGGAAGUUGCGUAUGAUGAGGGAGAAAAAGAGGAGGAGGGAGGAAGCCAACCGGAUGGCUAGAGAGGUGGAGAGAGUGCGGGCGUGCAGACAAGAGGUGCAGGCACAGGCAGAGACCCCCACGAAGUUAGACAAGAUCCUGGGUACCUUGAGGUUCUGAGUGACGCUUGACUUGAGGAGCAUUAGGCCAAUAAGGGUCAAGAUGUGACCCUUCACGCCAUUCGGUCAGGGUUCAGAGAGUUUGCGCGCGACGUGGUAACCCACGUCGGGACCGAAGUAAAAAAAUUAAAGGAAAGCGCAGAGAAGUUUUGCGCAGGCGCCAAAGUGGUGGCCACAGCAGAGGCCGCGUCGCGUCCCCCUGCAAAGAGCUUGUAAAGCUCAAAUUCCCUGACGCAUAUAGCGGGAAAAAGGACGAUAGUUUUGGUAACUGGGAGGCUAGCAUAAAUACAUGUGUAUUUGCAGCAUAUCGCUCCCGAGGAACAAGUCCUCGUAGCCUUCCAUGCAUUGAAGGGCGAAGCGGCCAGCUUCGCCAGGUCCCUUGCGCGCGCUGCUGAUUGUGAGCAUAAUAUGAUUGCAUAUUCUAGGUUCACCCCUCUCUCCACUUUCUGCGCGAGAGGUUCGCUGACGUCACGAGAGGCGUCAGGGUCUCUAACAAAUUGCAAACCAUCCA